AUGAGCUCCAGUGAAGACGAAGAUGACAAAUUUCUAUACGGUUCCGAUACAGAAGAGGCACCAUCCUCAAAUAAGAGAAGUCUAGAUACAAUUGACGAGCAAACCAAACGAAGAAAAGUAGACACACCGCAACAGCCCACAGCGACCAUAGAAUCAGACGAAUAUGAUUCGGAAUCAGACGAUGAAUCCGACGUAGAAUUUAUUCUUUCAACGGGGCCGGAUAUUCAUAGGUUGGAUUCAAAUAGCACCCUCGUGGCAUCAAGUACGACACCCGUCAGUACCAUACAACCCGUUGUUAAUGCAAUUAGUGUGGCUACGGAUGAACUCGCAAAAGAUGAUGAGACUCAAACGCCCAUGACAAAGGAAACAACAACGGCAACUAAUGGUUACUCUAUAAAUAAUGAUGAAACUGCCACGUUGACCUCCGAUUCAUUGAAGAAUAAUAAUACAAUGUUGGGGUCCAUCGAUUUGGAUAAAGAUGGAUUGUUUGAAGGUGAAUCCAUAACAAAUAUCGACCCAGAAGUGUUAAGAGAGAAACCUUGGAGACAACCGGGAGCUAAUUUAUCUGAUUAUUUUAAUUAUGGGUUCAAUGAAUACACAUGGACGGAAUAUCUAAAUAGGCAAGAAAAAUUGAGAGCUGAUUAUAACCCAAGAAGGAUAUUGAUGGGGUUGAUGACAUUGCAACAGCAAGGUAGAUUGGACCCUCAACCUAAACAAAAUCAAACAAACCAGAAUAUACCAAGCAUGGCUUCUCCAAUGCCAAACACAAAUCAACCCCAAAUGAAUAUGAAUAUGAAUUAUCAAAGCAUACCGAAUAAUAUGAUGAACAACCAAAAUAAACCCAAUAAUGCAGCUCCUCCAAUGCUACCUGCAGGUUUCCCACCUGCCCCAUUUGGUAUGUUUGGAGGAUUCGGGUUUCCACCACCACCAUUCAUGGCACAGCAACCAAAUCUAAAUCCAAACCAAAAUUCAAAUCCAAAUCCAAACCAAAGUCCAAACUCAAUACCAAUGUUGCCAAACAAGAAAUAG